ACCGUUCCCUCAACGACCGCCGCUCGGUUCCUCGCUCCCGGCCCGUGGGGCCUGCGCGGCCCGGGGGGAGGGAGGGAAGGGGGCAGCAGCAGCAGCAGCGGCGCGGCGCGGGGCUCCUCUCUCCGCACUCGGCCGCCGCAGCGCUGAGCCCGGUGGGGCCCCGGCCGCGGCCCCCGGCAGCGGGGCGGCCCCCGCCCCGAGGCAGGACGAUGCCGGUGAAGAAGAAGAGGAAAGCCGCGGCAGGGGCGGGGGCGGCGGCGGCGCAGGACGAGGCCGGCUUCAAGAAGUGUAAACUCGGCAGCUAUUGCAGAUCACAAGCCCCUGGUAAAGUAAUGAGUGGAGAGGAACACUUUUCAAGCAAGAAGUGCCUAGCUUGGUUUUAUGAAUAUGCAGGUCCUGAUGAAGUUGUGGGGCCUGAAGGAAUGGAAAAGUUUUGUGAAGACAUCGGUGUUGAGCCUGAAAAUAUUAUUAUGUUGGUUUUAGCCUGGAAGCUAGAGGCUGAAAGCAUGGGGUUCUUUACCAAGGAAGAAUGGUUAAAGGGGAUGACUUCGUUACAGUGUGACUGUACAGAAAAGUUACAGAGUAAAUUUGAUUUCUUGCGGUCACAGUUGAAUGACAUUUCAUCGUUUAAGAAUAUCUACAGAUAUGCCUUUGAUUUUGCAAGGGAUAAAGACCAGCGAAGUCUUGAUAUUGAUACUGCAAAAUCCAUGUUAGCUCUUUUGCUUGGAAGAACUUGGCCACUGUUUUCAGUAUUUUAUCAAUACCUGGAGCAAUCGAAGUAUAGAGUUAUGAACAAGGAUCAGUGGUACAACGUGCUAGAGUUCAGCAGAACUGUCCAUGCAGAUCUUAGCAAUUACGAUGAAGAUGGUGCAUGGCCUGUGCUUCUGGAUGAAUUUGUUGAAUGGCAAAAAGUUCGUCAAGCGUCAUAGCAAGAAUUUAAAAGAAAAUGCAAGUUUUUUGGUGCCCGCCUGUACACAAACUAAUGAGAAAAAAGGAUUGCAUUUUCAUUCUUAUGAAAGACUUUACAGUAAUUUUUUUCCUUUUUUAAGGAAGUUUUCUUGUUACAUGUGAUAUGGGCAUUGAACAACACCUCUUCUGAGACUGAAAGCUGGAGUUCUUGUUUUAAGUCUUAUGUUUAUAGCAUUUAUUUCAGAACAAUAAAAUUGGUGACAAAGGCCUAAAAGUGAAGAAUGUCCCUUGAAUGUGAGUGUGGUGUCUAUUUUUAAAACCAAAUCUUUAAGAUUAUUUUUCUCGGAAGUGCCCUUUGCUAUGGAUUGUUGAGACCUUAAAAAUGCUUAACUGGCACUGUUGCUUGCUGAUUGGUAUGAUUGUCUUGUGCAACAAAUGUUAGAAAGAAUGACUAAUUAUUUGAGCCCUGGGUGGGGGUGUGCUGUAUAUUAAGUAUUGGUCAUGGGUUGUACCACAACUUUCAGCUCCUUGUGGAGAUAAAGGCCUUAAACUCUUUUGUUUUGUUCAGUACCCACCCAGUGGCAUGGCGUUCAACAGCAGACACUUUUUAAGCAGAAAGGUGUAGGGCAUAUGGCUCUACAAGCAGAACAGCUGAAAACAAGUUGCCUGUACUUCAAAUGACAAAGAGGUACUCUGUGGUACAGAAAAGCAGCUUCAAAUUUUUACUGCAGUUUAGACUUCGGAUUGCUUUGUAUAAGAAGUGCAAUUUAUAUUUUAAAAGGGAAAUCUGGAAAGACUUGGCUUCAGGCUUUGCUUCUUACGUGUUUUAGACCGGAAGCAUUCACAGCAUGACUUUUUUUUUUUAUCUCCCUGGAAGUUUUUCCAUGAUGUAAGAGACUAUUAAAUCAUCCAAUUUUGACCUGUAUAUAACAGGCUAGUAACUUUUACCCUGUUAUUCAUGUACUGAGUCCAAUAACUAUUGUGAUUGCCCCUUUUAGGCACUCAGUAUUUGUGGUAACCUUUAAAUACAGUUGAAGUUUGUCACUUAACCUUUCUGCACAGGGAACUGAAUGCCAUCCUUAAGAAGGAAAGGGAUUUUAAUAAGUAAAUGUGAGAAACCAAAAUAGAAGGAGAGAAUGAAACAUUUGUAUCUUCUACUUUACUGUAUAAUUAUAUUAUUUAGACUGUGAUAAUGCCAUGAGACUCCAGUCAGUGAUCAAGGCCUCAUUGUGCCAAAUACUUCAGCAGCUUGAAAUAAGAAUAGACAAUGUAAGAUAGGCAUGACUUGAAGAUCUUUGCCUCAGGGAAAUGACUUCUGUUUUGCACAUCCCUUACUCAGACUAACAAGCAUGAGUUUUCCUAUCACUAAGGAAAGCUUUAUUCCCAAGAUGAUGGAUUUUUUUUACAGUGGGACUUGGGGGGGAAGGGUAAUGAGAAGGGAAGAAAUAGCAGAAAGGAGUGGGACAAAGUAAUUGUGUGCCCAUGCUCUCAUUCUACUAGGGGAUCACCUUUGCUACUUACUCUCCAAAGCUGCUUGCUGCAGGUGGUAGCGCUGGUCAGUGGUGUUCCCUGAGCCAUUCUGCAAGUCACCUGAUGGUGCAGUUGAACUUUGUAAGCUUUUGGUUUUGCCCAAUCCAAAAAAGCUUUGGGAAGACAAAGAGAGGGGAGGGAAGAUGGGGAGGAACAGUUGAGAUACUGGCAGAUCACUGUGCUUGUACAGUGGCUAGUGUCUGUGCAUGCAGACACAUGCUCUAUAGCCGAUCUAAAUAUCUUUCCACCUUUUUUAAGGAAAGUACUUAAUUUUAAACCUCAUGUAGACUACAACAGUUCUCUUAAGUAUGUUACAGGUUGUCCAUUUGCAUUGUUGAUAAUUCUGAUUUCACCCAUAACAGAGUGCCUUUCAUUUGGAAGUUGCCCUAAUCUACAGAAACUCAGUGCCAGAAUGAGAGAAACCUCAAGAAUCCUGAGAUCAACUGAUAGGGUAAAGCCCUAAGAUGCACAGGAUAAAGAUACGCCAAUUGACUUAUUUCUAGAGAAGUCCUGCUAUAUAUUAAAUCUCCGCAAGGACACUGAUUCUGAAAUGACUUUCUAAAAUUCACUUCAAUGGCUUUCCUUGCUUAGUAUGUUCCUGUCAUAACUGGGCGAUUCUCUUUCCCAGCGUUGAAAUAAAGGUUAGAAAUUGAACAUUUUAUAGUGUGAUGGGGGGAACGGGGAGAAAUGAUUCUUUUUUUUUUUUUUUUAGGUAAUUGCAAACUGUUGUGAAUUCAAUUUAAACCAGUUGGUUCUAGAGGAUGGUAUUAGUGUCUAACAGUAGGAGUGAUGCAUCUACCAAUUCAACAUAGUCAAGUACUUACCAUUAAGGUGUAAGACACUAUGUGAUGUAUCAUUUGUAUCUCUGUUAAGGUUUUAUCAGUAUUCCUAUAAUAAAUCCAUGUUUCAGGGA